AUGGUUGAUAAGGCUCUUCGAGCUGAAGGAGCAGUAAAAUUUUUGCAUGAAACACGGGAGACUCCUAGUGCUGGUGGAACCACUACUCUCCCUAUUUCUGGCCCUGGAAAAGAGAGUGGUGAUUCCACUUUUGAGCAAAAGAAAAGAACUUUUCCAUUUUCGGGAAGUUCAGGGCAAGGUAAAAGGUUUCGGGGAAACCAGAAUAAAGGAGGACGUCAGACUUACUCCUAUACUGAGUGCCCGCGUUGUAAGAAACAUCAUCCCGGGACUUGUAACCGGAGAGCUUGCUUCCAGUGUGGAUCGGUGGGGCACCUCAAGAAAGAUUGUCCCCAAUUGAAGAAAGAGGAACCUAAACCUGAGGUUAAGCCUGCCCCAGCACGUGUUUUUGAUAUCACGCUGGCUGAUGCUGCUGCCAGCCCUUCAGUGGUUACAGGUCAGCUUCUUAUCAACGGUCAUGUUUUUACUGUUUUAUUUGAUUCAGGUGCUACUCGAUCUUAUGUGUCAUCGAGAGUUCUUUAUCAGCUUGAUAGACCUAGUGAUGUUUUUGAGAUGGGAUUUGGUACCCUGUUGCCUAAUGGGGAAUUAGUUAUUUCAAGGAAGCGGGUUAGAUUGGUGUUAAUUAGAAUUGAAGACAGGGGAUUGAGCGCUGAUCUGGUGGAGUUACCAUUGGCCGAGUUCGAUAUUAUACUCGGAAUGGACUUUUUGUCCAAAUAUUCUGCUAGUAUUGAUUGUAAACGGAAAAUGGUGACUUUUCAACCGGAGAAUGAGGAACCAUUCAUCUUUGUUGGUUCGGUUCAAGGUUCUCGUGUUCCAAGAAUCUCAGCGUUGAAAGCUAGGGAUUUGUUACGCAGUGGAUGUGUUGGAUUCCUGGCAGUUGUAGUGGAUUCCAGUAAACCUGUGUUACCUGGACCUGAAGAGGUUAAAGUGGUUAAGGAAUUCCUGGAUGUGUUUCCAGAGGAAUUACCUGGGUUACCACCUCAGCGGGAGAUAGAUUUUAUCAUUGAUCUAAUUCCUGGAGCAGAACCUGUUUCGAAAGCACCCUACCGAAUGACACCUACUGAAUUAAAAGAACUGAAGAUACAACUCCAAGGGAUAAUUGACGAUCUAUUUGAUCAACUUCAAGGCAAAACAGUAUUCUCUAAGAUUGACUUGAGAUCUGGAUAUCAUCAACUGAGAAUCCGAGAAGAGAAUAUUCUGAAGACAGCCUUUCGAACAAGGUAUGAAGCAGAACACGAACAACAUCUUCACAUGGAUCUGCAACGACUCAGAGAUCAUAAACUCUAUGUAAAGUUCAAAAAGUGUGAGUUUUGGUUGUUACAAGUAUCUUUUUUGGGGCAUAUUGUCGAAAAAGACGGGAUUAUGGUAGACCCACAGAAGAUUGAAGCAGUGAAGAAUUGUCCUAGACCCAAAACAGUCACUGAAGUUCAAAGUUUCCUCGGUUUAGCGAGUUAUUAUCAGCGUUUUGUGGAGGGUUUUUCCAAGAUUGCAAUGUCGUUAUCUGAGUUAACUAGGAAAAACCAACGGUUCAUAUGGUCAGAUAAGUGUGAGAAGAGUUUUCAAGAGCUGAAGCAACGACUGAUUACAGCUCCUGUUUUAGCCCUGUCAUCUGAUCAAGAGAAGUUUGUGGUGUAUUGUGAUGCAUCAAUGCAGGGUUGGGCUGUGUGCUAA